AGUCCCAGUCAGUCCCCGUCCCAGUCCCAGUAAUUACCAUGGCGUCUUCCUCUCCAACUCUGCUGCUCCUUGGCCUCCUCCUCGUCCUCCUCCUAGCAUCCGCGCGCGCCGCCUCGGUCUCGCUCCCGUCGCUGCCGCUCUCGACGGCGUCGCGGUGGGUGGUGGGCGCGGACGGGCGGCGCGUGAAGCUGGUCUGCGCGAACUGGGCGUCGCACCUGGAGCCCGUGGCCGCGGAGGGCCUGUCCCGGCGCGGCGUGGGGGACAUCGCCGCGCGCGUGGCCGCGAUGGGGUUCAACUGCGUGAGGCUCACCUGGCCGACCUACCUCGCCACCAACUCCACCCUCUCGUCGCUGCCGCUACGGUGGUCGCUGGAGCGCCUCGGCCUGCGGGAGUCCGCCGCCGGCGUACGGGUCAACAACCCAGACCUCCUGGACCUGCCCCUCAUCGAUGUCUUCCGGGAAGUGGUGUCAGCUUUGGCCAGCAACAGUAUUAUGGUCAUACUUGAUAACCAAAUGACCACUCCAGGAUGGUGCUGUAGCAGAACUGACGGUAAUGGCUUCUUUGGAGACAAAUACUUUGACCCGGAAGAAUGGUUGAAGGGCCUCAGUGCAAUGGCAACAAUGUUUAGGCACGCAAAGAAUGUUGUCGGCAUGAGCUUGCGUAAUGAACUUCGUGGCCCCUAUCAAAAUGUUAGUUUGUGGUACAGGUAUAUGCAACAGGGUGCUGAAGCUGUGCAUGCAGCAAACCCUAAUGUCCUUGUUAUUUUGUCGGGCCUGGAUUUUGACAACAGUCUCUCCUUCUUGUCCCCAAAGCAAGUUAAGCUGUCAUUUACUGGAAAGUUAGUCUUUGAGCAGCAUUGGUAUGGUUUCUCAGAUGGAACCGAUUGGGAGAAUUCCAACCAAAACGAUGCUUGUGGAGAGGCUGUUGAAUCCAUAAGGACUAAAGGACUGUUCCUACUUCAACAAGGAUGGCCGUUGUUUUUCUCUGAGAUUGGGUUUGACAUGUCUGGCACGCAUAUUGCUGACAAUCGUUAUCUUACGUGCUUCUUGAGUGUAGCAGCUGAAAUGGAUCUGGAUUGGGCUGUUUGGGCUCUGGAAGGGAGUUACUAUAUCAGGGAGGGUAUUCUAGCUUACGAUGAAACAUAUGGAUUGCUAACAUGGGAUUGGUAUACAGCUAGAAACCCCAGCUUCAUUGAAAGGAUCAAUUCCCUGCAGUCUCCGUUUCAAGGUCCUGGCCUAUCGAGUAGUCACAAAUCAUACAAGGUAAUAUUUCAUCCUCUAACUGGGCUCUGCGUGUUGGUGGAAUCUGCGAAUGUACUUAAGCUGGGUCCGUGCGAUGAAUCGAACGCUUGGAACUACACCUCCACGUAUGAGCUUGUGCUGAAACAAACUGGGCAAUGCCUUGAGGCCAAGUCUGUGGGUGAUACUGCAAAGCUCGGGACUGGCUGCAGCAAAUCCUGUUCGAAGUGGCAGCUAAUAUCUGAUUCAGGAAUGCAUGUUUCGGCCGAACUCACCAAGAAUGGGACUAGAGUGUGCUUGGAUGCGGGCCCUGACGGUGUCAUCACAACGGAUCAAUGCAAGUGCCUGACCGAAGAUCCAACCUGCGACCCUGAGAGCCAGUGGUUCAAAGUUAUAUCGAGUAGUAGAGGCAUGCCAGGUGAGGCCUCUGUUCUACAGUUGCCGUCUCUUGGACCCUGGCCUACAACAUCAAGUUUGUCGCGGUAGUAAUUUGGAUACAUGGUGUGCAUGCGUAUUACUCGAGGACAAAGUUGUUCAGGCCAAUUCGACGAUGAUCUGGGAAGUUACACGCAAAAUGUCUGCAAGUUCACGUACUCCAGUGUGUAUAAUGUAUCACGAUAUAAGCACUUUCUUUUUCUGUCAAAACAAAUCACUUGUAUGUUCUUACGUUGUUCAGUUCAGAAUAAAACUACAGGUGGAAUCUAA